AUGGGUGAAGCAGAGAUGGUUUCAGCCUUAAAGCAGACACUAAAGAAUCUAUGUUGCAGUAAUGGGUGGUCUUACGGUGUUUUUUGGGGCUUUGAUCAGAGAAAUUCCAUGUUGUUAACAAUGGAAGAUGCCUACUACGAAGAGCAAAUUGGGCCAUUGGUUGACAGUAUGCUUCUAAAAUUCCACAUCCUGGGUGAAGGAAUUAUUGGCCAAGCCGCUUUCACAGGAAAUCAUCAAUGGAUUCUAUCAGAUUCCCAUGGUAAAGGUUUGGAUGAUUCCACCGGAAAUCAAAGUAUAUUCCAGGUUGAAUCCGAGUUACAAAACCAAUUUUCAUCUGGGAUCAAGACAAUUGCAAUAAUCUCUGUAGAAAGGCGAGGAGUGGUUCAGUUUGGAUCCACACAAAAGAUUUUAGAGAGCUUGGAAUUUUUGGAUGAAACAAAGAAGUUAUUUUAUGACAUGGGAAGUUGUCAUGGGCUUACGCCUUUGGAAAUUGAAACUUGCAAUCUAGAUGGACUUUUUGGUUCCCUAGCAUCAUGUGGAAAUUUUUACAAUGAGAAUCUGACAACCGAACAAUGUGGCUACCCUAUAGAGCCAAAAGGGAGGUCAUGUUCCUUAAAAAGUCUCACUGAAUCCUCCUGUUUUAUGCGUGAGGUUCAGGACCAGAGUACAAACUCUAUGCAACAGAAUUUAUCUCAUCUCAGAAGUCAACUGCCAACAAGCAGAGCAGAAGCUCAAAUUUUAUCGUCUGGCAAGAUCUCUCCUGUUAACUGCAUGGUUGCUGAUACCCCUUGCACUAGUGCAUGGACUAGUGAGGGUUCAAUUUUGACUUCAUUUGAGAGAUCAUUUCCAUGUGAAAGAGGCAUAUGGGAUUCUCCAAAUGCGCUUCCUAAAAAGCCAAACUAUCUUGUUCUCAGUGGAAAUCUGGAACAAAAUUUACAGGGUGCUUCAACAUUUACUUCAUUUUAUAGCGGAGGAGAACUGGUUGAUGCAGAAUUACAAACUCUAGACAGCUUUGGGAAAACAGCAGAGAAUCAACAACAUUCUUUUGGCACUAAUGAUGGACUUUUGGAUAGUGUAAUUAGCCUACAAAGAAUCAAUGAGGAGUUUAACCCAGCUGACUUUACAACAGAUCUCCCCAGCUCCUUUACACUGGAUGAUCUUUCUCAGUUGUUUUCUCCUUCACCCCAGCAUAACAUCAAUGGAGCAGGAGCUAUAAUGACUAGUGAUCUUUCAUCUUCAAUAGGAGUUACCUCAGUGUCAUCCACUCUGGUCGGAGGUGAUACAGUAAUUAACAUUCCAGUCAGACAAACAGCUAAUUCAUUCGAAAGCUCCAUUACUGAUACAUUUAUAUCUAAUGUGGAGAAAUCUACCAUUGUUCAUGAUAGUAGAAAUGGUCUGUUUGAUGGUGUGGGACUAGAUUUUGCAUUUGGAAAACCUGGGGAGUUCUUGGAAGAUAUUAUCAUGCCGUUGUUGCACGGUGAUAACUCAGCUGUUGCUUCUGGCAUGGCAGAAACUAUUUCGGAAUUGGAUGUUCGUUCCAUGACUGGCAAGCGAAAAGGGUUAUUCUCUGAACUAGGCCUUGAAGAGCUUCUAGAUGGUGUUAAUAAUUCUUAUGUUACCAAAUCCAGUGUUGAGGAUCAAUUUUCCACUACUAAAAGAAGGAAAAUCGAAAGUUCUUCCUCUAAUUUUCAUCAAGGUCAGUUUGAGGGUCUUUCUUACUCUGGUGGGAGCAUGAAUCUGGUGCAUCAUUCACAUAAUUGGGACAAGAGUAAUGAUACUGUAUUCGACAAAGAAGUUCACCAAAAAUCACUAGGGAUAUGGAUAGAUGAUAGCUAUAGCAUAAAUGCUGGCCAUGCUGUUGUUGCAACAUCAAAGAAGCCCUCCAGGAGAAGAGGUAAGCCUGGUGAAAGUACUCGACCAAGGCCUAAAGACCGUCAGCUGAUCCAAGAUCGUAUCAAAGAGUUGAGAGGGAUUAUCCCUCAUAGUGGAAAGCCAUUGAGCAUUGAUCAUUUAUUGGAGCAGACCAUCAAACACCUGCUUUUCUUGCAAGGUGUGACAAAGUAUGCCGACAAGAUUAAACAAGAUGAUGAACCAAAGCUUAUUGGCAAGGAGAACGGAAUGCUUCCGAAACACAACAUGAUGAGUGGUGGUGCUACAUGGGCAUUUGAAGUUGGGGCUCAGAGUAUCCCUAUUGUAGUUAAGGACCUAAAUCCACCUGGCCAAAUGCUUAUAGAGAUGCUCUGUGAAGAUCAAGGAUUCUUUCUUGAGAUAGCAGACGUCAUUAGGGGCAAUGGGUUGAAUAUCUUGAAGGGAGUGAUGGAGCUCCAAGAAGAUAAGAUAUGGGCACGAUUCAUUGUUGAGGCAAACAAGAAAGUCGAAAGGACAGGUAUAAUUUGGUCUCUUCUCCCGCUUCUGCGGCAAACAAGCAGCAGAGGGAUUGAUUCUGCAAGUCAGCCAAGCAGCGACAUAGAUGGUGGGAUUUCCCUAUUAAACAAUUACCAGCAACCUUUGCUACUGCCUCCUGUCAGCAUGGCUGAGACACUUCAAUAAUUAGAACACACAUUUAAGGGUUCCAGAAGUACCUUGAGCAUUCACAUCUUAAGGACCUGCUGUGAUUGGUGUUCUGGAAAUUGAAGAGCCAAAACUGAAGAUAGAGGAGGUUCUUCAUUCCAUUUUCAACUGUCCUAGACAAAAUGUAUAUGGUUGACAGACUAGGAAAUAUUCUCAAAGGAGUGGCAAGUGAUUUGUUUGCUCCCAAUACUGUCACCGAAAAGGGUGGAGAGACUAUCGGAUGUGGAGCACUCCAGCAAAAGGAGGAAAAACCUAAUAGAUACUUGUCUCAUCAUUGGCGGGUAUCAAUCUGCUUUGCACGUGAGGGUUCUAACUGAUGAAUAUUGAGCUAUAGUUAUUAGUAUUGGCUUCUUGCUUGCUGCUCCCAUAAUUUGUUUAUGAUCCAAAGUAGAUGACACAGUCAGCUGUAGGCUAACCGCUAAUUAUUUUUUUCUCGGUCCUUCUGUUGUUGUUUGAUUAGCAUAAUAAUCAAUAGAAUUAGCUUGCUUUGUCUUUCCAAAUGUUGCAUCUCCCUGGCAAUUCUGUUACACCACUGCAGUAAGUACUUGUUUCUUAUCACAUUGAAUUUCCAGUACAAUAUCAAAAAUCACUUGAAAAUUUCCUUCAGAUUAACAUGUU